AUGGCGAGGUGGUUGACUUUCGAGCUGAUUCUGCUGCUGAGUGUCUUCGCGACGACCGUGGUGCAGUCGGCGCCACCACAGGUGCCUUUGCAAGUAGAAGUGACUAAGCCGCGAAAGCUACGAGGACGAUUCCUGCAGAUAACCGAUCUUCAUCCGGAUCCAUACUACACCAACCACGCAUCGCAAUCUUCUGCGUGCCACAGGCGAAAGCCAAAGAAGGAGAAGCAACGUUCCAACCUUUAUGGAACUCCCUUCAGCGAAUGUGAUUCGCCGCUGAUCCUCACCAACUUCACGUUGGAUUUUCUGGAUAAGCACUGGGCGUCUGAGCUCGACUUUGUCAUCUGGACUGGGGAUAAUGCGAGACAUGAUAACGACCGGAAACUACCACGUACUCCAAGCGAGAUCUACGAACUAAACCGAGCCGUGGCGUCCAAGAUGGAGAAGAUAUUUGGAAGCAAGGGUAUACCGGUCAUCCCAUCUCUAGGCAACAACGACGUAUGGCGUCCGAACGGCAUCACCAGCGAAUUCUCAUCAAUAUGGAAAUCCUUCAUACCAUUUCCGAUGUAUCAAGUCUUCCAACGGGGUGGUUAUUUCCAUGUAGAAGUUGUGCCCAACGCACUGGCUGUUAUCAGUCUGAAUACGAUGUAUUUCUACGAUUCUAACAAAGCUGUGGGAGGGUGUGAGUAUACGGACCGGGACGAUCCAGGGAACCUGCAAUUCGACUGGCUGGAGGUGCAGUUGACGAUGUUUCGGGAACGGAAGAUGCAGGUGUGGUUGUCAGGUCAUGUCCCACCAUCGCCUGGGAACUAUUUCCCCGAAUGCUAUGUGAGAUAUACGGAACUGGCGCUGCGAUUCCAGGAUACGAUUGUGGGGCAUGUGUACGGACACAUGAAUGCCGACCAUUUUACCUUUGUCGAAGCGGUGGAUCUGCAGCUCGUUGCGCCUAGCCAAGUUUCGGGGAAAGCAGAGCUGUACAAAGACCUUAUCGAGGAAUUUUCCGCGUUGCCCAAGAAAGCGAAGGAGGUGAACUAUGAUAACUACAGUGUUAUUAAUGUUUCGCCGCCGGUCGUGCCAAAUCCCUACGUGCCCACGUUUCGAGUGUUCUCAUACAACGUCAGCGAGCAUGGGGAGAUCCAAGGGAAGAAGAGGAAGCAUCGGCACAACCGGGGGAAACACGGGGACAAAGGGAGCGAGUGCAAGAAGGAGCCAUACAAGAACAGCUGGAAGUGUCAUCUGAACGAGCCCUGGCACUCCGAUCCAGACUCGCCGUCGCGUCGCAAUCAACGAUGGACGCCCCUUGGCUAUGCCCAGUACUACUUGCCAAACUUGGAGAAUGCAAACAAGUCGCAUAAGCCGAAAUUCAAGCUGGAGUAUUUAACAUUUCCGCUGAGCAAACUGCAUCCGGACGGCGAUACGGUCAAGCAGAAGUUUGACUACCCUGUUCCGGUGCAUCACUUGCCUCGAUCGCUGCAGGCCAACAAUGUUUCGACAUCUCGAUACGCGCCGUACGAGCUGGAUGACUUGACGAUAGGGUCGUGGGUGGAACUGGCACGACGGCUGGGUAACUCCAAGGAGAGCAAGCUGAGGAAGCGGUUCAAGAAGCUGAUGUAUCUCGAGUAUUAG